UCAUCAAUACCCUGUUUUUGAGAAUUCCUUGUGAAAAAACCCGAAAGGCGCAUAUGGAAGGGGAGCUGAACAACUUUGCAAUGGUAUGGAUCACAGUCUUGGCUUCCCUGUGCCAUUGUCACACUAUAGCCAAGUUCAUUCCUAAAGGCACCGCUAGAUUUCUAGCCAUUCUUCCUAUAUCGAUCCUCUUCAUAUUCCUCCCUCUCAACCUUACCACAGUUCAUCUUGGCGUCAUAUCUUCUUUCUUUAUUGCAUGGUUAGCCAACUCGAAAAUCCUCCUCUUCGCCUUCGGCCAAGGCCCUUUAUCCACCACUCCGCCAAUGCCAUUGUCACGCUUCCUUCCCCUAGCUUGUCUUCCCAUUAAAAUACAUGUUCAUCACUCAAAUAAUAAACAUUUUAAAGAAACCUCGGCUGUCCAAAUACGUCAAAAACAAAUUAAAUCAUCUUUAAAUUGCCUUAUAAAGAUUGGGCUUUUGGGUGUACUAAAGAAAAUCUAUGGCUAUAGACAACAUUUUCAUUAUAAGGUUAUGACAUCUUUAUAUUGUCUACAUUUAUAUUUAAGUGUGGAGUUGAUGUUUGCUAUGUUAGCGGCUUUAGCUCGAAUACUAAUGCGAGUAAAAUUGGAGCCGCAGUUUGAUGAGCCUUACCUUGCAACUUCUUUACAAGAUUUCUGGGGCAGAAGGUGGAAUCUAAUGGUUUCCGAUAUUCUAAAGCCUAGUGUAUUUCAACCGACCCGAGAAAUUUUCUCGGGUCUAGUUGGGCGAAAAUGGGCUACAUUUGUUGGUGUAAUUGCUACAUUUUUGGUAUCAGGUCUAAUGCAUGAGUUGUUUUUUUACACUUAUGGAAGACAGAAGACGCGGUGGGAAGUCACGCGUUUCUUUCUUCUUCAUGGAGUGUCUUUAAGUAUUGAAGUGGUAGUGAAGAAGAUGGUAAAAGGGAAAUUCCGGCUUCCAGCAAUGGUUUCGAGACCUCUGACCAUAAUGUAUGUUGUGAUUACAAGCUGUUGGUUGUUCUUUCCGGCAUUUUUGAGGGGAAAUGCAGAAGCAAAAGUGUGUAAUGAGUACCGUGCUUUUCUUGAGUUUGUUCAAAAUGGAAGAGUUAUCAGCCCAAAUGUUUUGUCUUGCACGUAGUUUCAUGUUAGGGUUUAUGUAGUUUGUUUCCCUACGAAACAAUCAGCAUAUUACUAUGUUGGUAAUGGUAGUUUUCGUGACACUUACUCUACUUGUGGUUGCAUUUAAACAUUUGGAAUCAUAGUGUCUGUUUGGGCACCAAAGCUUUCAGCUUUUUGUGUUAAAAGGUGACUUCUACUUUUCUUGACCGGUUUGUAUAAAAAGCUAGAAGUACUUAUAAGAACCUGAGAAUGUUAACUUUUCUUUGA